AUGGCUAGUGGAUCAAAUGUGGAUGAUAAUUUGCAUGUCGAUGAGUCCAUUGAGGAAGAAUCGAGUGAUGAUGAGUUGUUAUAUAUGGAUGAUGUUGACGCAAAUUUUGGAGAGUUAAUGGUGCUUAAUUACUUUGUUGCCAACAAAGGAAGUAUCAUUGGCAGGACACCUUGUAGAAUAUCAUUGCUUAUAGGAAAAAUGUACAUCCUAGAAAUUUUGAAUGGACAUCCGGACAUAUGCUAUCGUAAUUUUCGUAUGCAGAAACACGUUUUCAUGAAUUUAUGUGACAUUUUGAAAGAGAAAGGGUUACUAAAAGAUGGGAAAAAAGUGAGCGUCGAUGAGGGUGUGGCUAUGUUUAUGAUGAUUGUAGGGCACACUACACGAUACAAUGUUAUUGGUGAUAGGUUCCAAUAUUCCAACAACAUGAUACACAAAUGGUUUAAACGAGUUGUUAGGGUUGUUAUCUCAUUUGGCACCGAGAUGAUCCGUCUGACAAAUCAAGACAUUGUGCAUGAGCGGAUUUUGCGCAAAUAUCCUUUCUUUAAGGAUUGCAUAGGCGCAAUAGAUGGAACACAUGUUGCAGCUUGGGCUCCUGCAUCGAGACAAUCAUUUUUUAGAGGAAGGAAAACAAAUGUAACACAAAAUGUGAUGUUGACAUGUGAUUUUGAUGUGAAAUUCACAUUUGUGUAUUGUAGUUGGGAAGAUCAAUUUUACCUUGUUGAUUCUGGAUAUCCAAACAUGCCAGGAUUUCUUGCCCCCUAUCGAGGUCAUAGAUAUCAUCUGCGUGACUAUGUUGGACGGAGAAGGCUACAUGAGAAGGAAGAAUUGUUCAAUUAUAGACACUCUUCAUCCCGUAAUAUUAUUGAUCGUUGCAUUGGAGUUUUAAAGGCAAGAUUUCCUAUUUUGAAGUUGAUUACCAAUUAUCCACUUAGUAGGCAAAGACAAAUUCUUACUACAUAUUGCGCAAUAAACAACUUUAUACGUCAGGAGAACGCUUUAGAUAAGUUGUUCGUAGAGUAUGGAGAGGAGGAUAUGGUGUUUCAAGACAUGCUGGAGUCAAGUCAAGAUCAAGAAGUAAUACAUUUUGAUACUAGUCAAACAGCUCAAAUGGUACAAGUCAAGGAUCAAAUUGUUACACAAAUGUGGAAUAACUACUCAAGAUAUCGUACAUGA